AUGCCUUACGGGCCCGUCGUCACGAUGCAUGCCUUGAAAGUUGUCGCUUCGGCCGUCCUCCUCCGGGGCGUCGCCGCUGUCCCCGCACCGAGCCUCGUCGCCCGUGCCGAUGUCCUCGCUCCCACGGCCGCUUGGGUCAGCGUCAACAACAAGGGUGUCCCGACCACCGUCACCCCCGUCCCGACGACUGUCUCCGGCACCCCGACCCUCGAGUUCGCUGCACCCAACGCACUGACGGGUAGCGUCUUCACCUUCGUCGACUCCCGCCUCCACGUCAGCACGAGCACCGGCAGCCCGCCAUUGGCUACCGCCAACCACAAGAAUGGCGCUGGAGCUUUCGCCCCCUGCAGCAACACGAAGGGAGACUUCUCGCCUUUUUGUGAUCCCGUCAAGGGCAGUCAGCUCUACGUUGACGGGACCUACUACGUGACCUGGGACCCCACCGUGCUCAUCAAGGGCAAUAAGACCAACGUCCACGUCAAGAUCCAGGGCAAGGAGGUCAACGGCACAAAGGUCGGCGACACCGUCCUCAACGCCGACUCGGACAAGACCAACCCGGGCGCGUGGGGCUACUACGCCUGGCACGUCAGCAAGAACCUCAUCCACGCGGGCCAGGAGAACGCCACCAUCGAGCUCCUCAUGUCGUACACCAUCGAUAACAUCGCGCAGAAGGACAUCACGGGCCCCCGCGUUGUUGUCGCCAGGCGUCCGCAGUUUCACCCCGAGACCUCCCGGAUGCCCAAGGGCGCCGAGCUGUACGUCGCGCUGCCGACCGUCUUCGGCGUCGUCAUUCUCGCCGUCAUUGGCGGCUGCCUCUGGAACCGCCGCGCCCGACAGAUCGGCAUCGGGAACGUCAUGAGCCGCUCGCGCCACGGCUACGGCGUCGGCAAGUCGCGCGCGCAGCGCCUCGGCGCCCGCGUGCGCCAGAGCGUCUUCCCGCGCAGCCGCAAGGACCGCGGCAUCCAGCUCCGCCAGCAGCGCGAGAUGAGCCCCGACGGCGGCUACGUAUACCGCGACGAACCCCUCGACAGCCAGCACCAGCAGCAGCCCGCCGGCCGUCCUAGAAGAGACAGCGACGCGCUCGGUAGUCUUGCGGGCAGCCCGACAUCGACCCACUUUCCGGACCACGGCGCGCAAGGCGGCAACGCCUUCCGGGAGGAGCUGAGGAGGCAGGAGAGGGAGAGGUAUUAG